GAUUGCGUCACUUCCGGCCCUCAGCGAUUCGCCUCCGGGUUAGGCUGAGCCUCCUGCUUUCUGUGACUGGUGGAGCUGCCGCGCUGUCCGCGUUAUCUCCUCCCGGUGAGAACGAACCGCAGUGUCCACCGGCGAGGAGCCAGCCCUGUCCCGGACAGAGAAAGACGACGAGGAUACCUGGGAGCGGGCGGCGGCCGGGCUGGGCCGCGCCAGUGCGGGCUGGCGACUCUGCUCCUCCGCUUGCUGCUGUUUCUGGGAACUGGGUGCCAGCGCUGAGGGGCUUCCAGCGGACAGGGACCCCCUUCCCCGGCUCCCCUGCCCACCCUGCCGGGGAGGGCGGAAGAUGCCGGUGAAGAAGAAGAGAAAAUCCCCUGGGGUGGCAGCAGCAGUAGCGGAAGACGGAGGCCUCAAAAAAUGUAAAAUCUCCAGCUAUUGCAGAUCCCAACCCCCUGCUAGACUAAUAAGUGGAGAGGAACAUUUUUCAAGCAAGAAGUGCCUGGCUUGGUUUUAUGAAUAUGCAGGUCCUGAUGAAGUUGUAGGGCCAGAAGGAAUGGAAAAAUUUUGUGAAGACAUUGGUGUUGAACCUGAAAAUAUUAUUAUGUUAGUUUUAGCGUGGAAAUUGGAGGCUGAAAGCAUGGGAUUUUUUACCAAGGAAGAAUGGUUAAAGGGAAUGACUUCAUUACAGUGUGACUGCACAGAAAAAUUACAAAACAAAUUUGACUUUUUGCGCUCACAGUUGAAUGACAUUUCGUCAUUUAAGAAUAUCUACAGAUAUGCCUUUGAUUUUGCAAGGGAUAAAGAUCAGAGAAGCCUUGAUAUUGAUACUGCUAAAUCUAUGUUAGCUCUUCUGCUUGGGAGGACAUGGCCACUGUUUUCAGUAUUUUACCAGUACCUGGAGCAAUCAAAGUAUCGUGUUAUGAACAAAGAUCAGUGGUACAAUGUGUUAGAAUUCAGCAGAACAGUCCAUGCUGAUCUUAGUAACUAUGAUGAAGAUGGUGCUUGGCCUGUUCUUCUUGAUGAAUUUGUUGAGUGGCAAAAAGUUCGUCAAACAUCAUAGCAAGAACUAUUGUGAAGAAAAUGCAAACCUUUUGAUUCCCACGUGUAUACAAGCUAAUGUGAUGAGGGGGAGCAAAAUCCAACGGGUGCAUUUUCAUUCAUAUGAAAGACUUCUCAUAGUACUUUUUUUUCCUUUUUUUAAAGGAGGUUUUUCUUGUUACAUGUGAUGGGCAUUGAGCCACACCUCUUCUUAGACUGAAUAUUGAAGUUUUUGUUUUGAGUUAUGUUUAUAACAUUUAUUUCAGAACAAUAAAGAUUCAGAUUUGUGACAAAGGCCUUAAAGUGAAGAUG